AUGAGCGGUCAGAAUUACCAUCAUACAGGCUCUUUGCUACCAGAAAUUGGGAAGAAGCCACAGUUUGCUCAGCUUUAUAUAUACGACACUAAAAAUGAGAUAAGUAACAGAAUGAGUUGGCUGUUGCAAGAAGAUAUUGAUCCCAAGGUUGUUCAUGAAUUAUCUCAAAUGUUAGAUGAGCAUAACAUUUUGGUAAAAACACUUAGGAUGGUUAUGGAUAGAUAUAGAGAGCAUCCAGAAUCUGUGUUCCGUCUAUGGCUACUAUCUGACAGGACAAGAGAUGGUCACCAAUACAAUAUACCCACAGCCUCUGAAGUUGCAGGAUUAAUCGUUGGAAAAACUAUUAUACUGCCUUCAUCACACACUGGAGGACCCCGAUAUAGAGCACAAAAUUAUCAAGAUGCCAUGGCAAUUUGUAGGUGGGCUGGAUAUCCGAAUUUUUUCCUUACUUUCACUUGCAACCCAAAGUGGCCAGAAAUAAAUGAAAUGCUCCACUUAAGUAACCAAGAGGGGGAUGAUAGCCGAGUUGACAUCAUAUGCAGAGUUUUCCAAAUAAAAUUGUUCCAGCUAAUGCAAGAUUUGAAAAGGCAGCAACCCUUUGGGAAAAUAAUCGCCUGUCUAUAUACAAUUGAGUUUCAGAAAAGAGGACUGCCUCACGCACAUAUACUGCUCUUCCUGCAUCCCACAUUAAAGAGCCCCUCCACAGACCAUAUUGAUAAAUUAAUAGCAGCAGAAAUACCUGAUCUGGAGGUUGAUCCUGACGGUUAUAAUGCUGUCAAGAACUUCAUGAUGCACGGACCCUGUGGAGAACUCAAUCGCCAUUGCCCAUGUAUGAAGCAGGGAAAGUGUACCAAGCAUUUUCCGAAAAAAUUCAACGAUCGAACAACUUUUGAUGCAGAUGGAUUUCCAAUUUAUAAGAGAAGGAACACAGGUACUCAGGUCAAGAAAAAUGGUGUCUUAUUAGACAACAGAUAUGUCGUACCUUACAAUAGGAAUUUGAUUGUCAAAUUUGAUGCACAUAUAAAUGUUGAGCUAUGCAAUUACUCAAGGUCGGUGAAGUACCUGUUCAAAUAUGUCAAUAAAGGAUCAGAUAGAGCAACAAAAACUGUAGAAUAUACAGAUACCGGUGUAGAAAUUGAUGAGAUUAAAAGAUAUCUAGACUGCAGAUACAUAUCAGCUACAGAAGCUUGCUGGAGGAUCUUUAAAUUUGGCAUACACCACAGAGAGCCAGCAGUUGAGCGAUUACCAUUUCAUUUAGAGGGACAAAAUUCAAUAAUAUUCGAAGAAGAAAGGCGAGCAGAAAGUGUUCUUAGUACACCAGGCAUUGAAGUAACAAAAUUCACAGAAUGGUUUGAGGCAAACAAAAAAUACACUGAGGCACGAGAGCUCACAUAUUCUGAUUUUCCUAUACAUUUUGUCUGGAAUUCAAGAGACAAAACUUGGACCAAAAGGAGAAAUAGCAACGUAGUUGGUAGAAUUUACUUUGCACAUCCUGCAAGUGGAGAACGAUUACUAGAAGAUGAUAAAGAGUGGAAUGAUUGCUUGGCUGAGGCUGCACUUUGGGAAACAGGAAACGAGUUGAGAAAUCUCUUUGUGACGAUACUUAUUCACUGUCAGAUGGGAAAAAGUUUGAAAGACAUAGAUGGAAUGCCACUCACAGAUUCAGCUUUACUAAACAAUGCCGGAAAUCGUCUUAUCAACGAGGAGCUAGAGUAUGACAAAGAUGCUCUAAAGAUAGUGCAUGACCAAUCAUUCGCUCUGUUAAAUGCUUGCCAAAAGUCAGCGUAUGAAGCAAUAAUAAAUUCAGUUGAGAAGGAAGAAGACCGUUCAUUUUUUAUAAGUGAACAUGGUGGUACUGCGAACACAUUUCUAUGGAAUACAAUAAUAGCCAAGAUAAGAUUACAAUCAAGAAUAGUUCUCCCUGUUGCUAUAUCUGGAAUAGCUGCUUUGUUAUUACCAAAUGAUAGGACAUCUCAUUCACGGUUUCAUAUUCCUUUGGAUGUUAGCUCAGAGUCAAUUUGUGAAAUAAAACAAGGCAGUCAAUUAGCUGAACUUUUCUUGAAAACUUCCUUGAUCAUUUGGGAUGAAGCGUCAAUGGUAAAUAAAUUUUGUUUUGAAGCCUUAGACAAAACCUUGAGAGAAAUCCUUCGAGUGAGGUAUGAAAAUAGCUCUGAUAAACCUUUUGGAGGCCUUACAAUUGUAUUUGAUGAUGAUUUCCGUCAAAUACUACCAGUAAUUCCAAAGGGUACACGAGCUGAUAUUGUUGAUGCGUCACUAAACUCCUCUUACUUGUGGCCAUUUUUCACAAUUUAUGAGUUGAAGCAAAAUAUGCGUCUCUAUAGUGGAAGAGUAAGUGAUUCUGAGGCUGCUAAAAUAUCGACUUUCGACAAAUGGUUGCAACAAAUUGGAGAUGGCUCAUUUUACGAUGAUAUUAAUAAGGAGCUUAUUAAAUUACCUCCUAAUGUAUGUAUCAAACCAUCCAACGAUCCAAUCGGAUCAAUUGUCGAGGCAGUUUACCCAUCCCUCUUGCAGAAGUACAAUGACCCAACAUAUUUGAAAGAAAGAGCAAUAUUAACGCCAAAAAAUGAAAUGGUUCAUGAGUUGAAUGAUACAAUUAUAAAAAUACUACCAGGUGAAGGAAGAACAUAUUUUAGCUCAGACAAUGUGUGUAAAGCAAGUGUGAAUACUAAUGAUGAAGAUCUGUUGUACCCAACUGAAUUUUUGAACAGCUUACGGUUCUCUGGCAUCCCUAAUCAUGAUGUACAUUUAAAAGUAGGUACCCCAGCUAUGCUUCUCAGAAACCUAAACCAAAGUGAAGGCCUAUGCAAUGGAACAAGAUUGAUCGUCAUGCAUCUCGGUAAAUGGUCUGUCAACACAAACAUUAUUUCUGGAAAAAAAACAUUGGCUCGAGAGUCACAAUCGCAAGAAUAA